CACAAACGCCACUAAAGAGAUCCUGGGUAAUUCUUUCAGACUACAGGCUCCACACACACGCCCCUUUCUCUGCCACUUCAGUGAAACUCAGAUGACAAUUUCUUCAUUGUGUAGGAGCAGGAGCAGAACCAGAGACUGGCCUCGGAAACCCAUCCGUUUUCUUGUUGUGUUCUGGCGAGGGAGGGAAAUCAACUGGGAGAAGUUACAAAAGACCUGGACCAGCCCACUCAAAAUCUAGUUCAAUCCAGUAAGGAGGAAUGUGGGCUCAUGCUUUUGGGUUCUCUGCCUUUCCUCACAUUGGGGGACUUCUCGGCUGGCUCCUGACACGGAAGGAAGUGCCUACUUGGUUUGAAAGUCUGAAGAAACCUUCUUGGCGUCCACCCAACAAAAUGUUCCCUGUCGUAUGGACUACCUUGUACACAGGCAUGGGCUACGCUUCAUACUUGGUGUGGAAUGACCUUGGUGGCUUCAACAGCAAAGCCAUCAUCCCACUGGGCCUCUAUGGGGCUCAGCUUGCCUUGAACUGGGCUUGGACUCCCCUAUUCUUUGGCGCCCAUAAGCUAAACCUGGCGCUGGUGGAUGUUCUGUGUCUGUAUGGCCUGGUGCUGGGCACCAUGUAUUCCUGGUACCCCAUUAACAAGACAGCAACAGUGCUGAUGGUGCCUUACCUGGCCUGGCUGACCUUGGCUUCUUCUCUCACCUUCUGCAUCUGGAGAGACAAUCCUAAGAAAGAAAAGGAAAGGAGUGACUAAGACCAAGAGAAGAGCUGAUGAACCCAAAGCUGAUAGUCUGUGGAUGGUUACUUCUAUUAAGAUAAGCACCAGAACAUACACACACCAUUUUGCAUAGGCUAGAUAAGGAAAAUGUGCACAGUGCAGCAGUAUAUCGUUUUAAGGUAAACAUACACCUUUAGGCUGAGAACCUAUGCCUCUCUCUUUCUCCAACAAUGCUGGGAGGUUGGGGUUACACCUGUAUGGUUGUCUUAAAGGGACACUAUCAGGUUAAAUCUCACAGGCCAACUUCAGCUCUGCUAUGCCAUUGUCAAUUCAGAAUCACUCCACUGAGGUCAAUAGAGUUAUUUUGGAUUUAUAUCAGUGCAAAGGAGAGCAGAAUUUGCUCGCAUAUGUUAAAAAAUAUUCACACCUGUGACACGAAAAACAAUUGAGAUGAUUAAAACCGGACAAUGUUUAUAAAUCUAAUGGCUUUUUACCAGUCCUGCUAUUUAAUUUUUUGCAUAUCACUCAGUUUGGACUUUCUAUCAUUUGCCACUUGCUUGUCACCAUUUAGGUUGCUUGCUCAUGACUCGCCUUUCCCUCUGCUUGUGAAAUGAAAAUGGUCAAGUUCA